UAAUUGACAGUGUGACGGAGAUACGAUACACGUCGGUUUAGUGUUGGCUGUGUUCGUUCGAAUUCGGUUGUGCAGGGCAAAGAAAAAAGUAUUUCACACUUAGUAAAAAAUUUUUGAAAAAAGCGCAGAAUAGAAAAUCUAUCGCGGCCGCCAUUGUUUUGCUGCGCAGAGAAUAAAAACGGUAGUGUAUUUCGUUUUCACGGGGCGCGGGGUGAAAAAAGUGAAAAUAUUAAAUUCGUAUAAUUCAAAGGCAGCGGAAAGAUAAUUUGGUUGGAAAAAAUGUUUUUUCACUAUUGUUAAAUUGGUUUUUAUCCAUGUAGUGGCUCGUGGUGCUUGCUUAUGUUAAUCCACAGUGGCCGCCACAUUCGUUCAGUUCGCCUCUAAUUAAAUCGAGAAGGGAACAAGGAAAGAAAAAAAAAAAAAAACAAUACAGGCGGCCAUAGCUAAACAUUGUAUUUGAAAUUAUUUUGUGCUCAAGGAAUAAAAAUUGAAAAUUACUAAUGAAAGAAGAUCACUUAUGUGAUAGAUGUGUAAUAGUUUCUCCUAAAUUUUUGAGUGUAUCAACAAUAAUUUUCAAAGUAAAUAGCCGUAUGUAAAGAAUAUGUACUAAAACUAAAUUCUGUUCCCGUUUUGUGGUGGAAGAAGAGGAAGAUCGAAAGUAAAGCAAACCUCUUGUUGUAUGGCGCGAUUAUGAAUUUGUGAUGCCGUCGAAAAAAUGCUAUAAAAUUAUAUAAAAUACUCUGAAUUACUAAUAGCGAAAAAAAGAAAUUCGCAGAUUAGUCAUCAUUAUGUACCUAAUCACUUGAUAAAAGGUUAGCAUUGAAGAUUGAAGUUUACUGCAUGCGACGACAAACGGGAUAAGGGACAUCCUCGUUACGCGCAAGAGCACUAAGUUCAAAGGAUUUAAGGGUAGAUACAUCGCAAAAGGAUAUUAUCCGAAGGACAUAUAUCUUUUGCGGUUGCAUUAUCAUACCAUCAAUAUAAUUUAUAACAUUAAAAAUUGAGAAGUCAAUAGAGACGACGACGCGCGCAAAUCGCAGGCGCAGUCAAAGAGUAGGUAGCAGUCGGGGUGCCGUUGAGGAUGAGCCUAUAGCCGAAUGUGGCAAUGGCGAUAGCGCAUUAACCGACGCUGUAUUUGCCAGCAUCGAAGCAGCUGCCGACGCUGCGAGUAUUGAGAAGCCAGAUGAAGCAGCUUCCGGUAGUAACAGCAUGGCACCAGCGCUCAACGAGCCAAUGAGCCCCACAGAAAAGCUAUCUAACUCGACUGCAAAAUUCACACCUUCGACUCGUUCAACAAAAGGUGGCAGUGGCACUGGGUCGACAACACCGUUGCCUAUAAUCAGCGGCUGUAACAAUAGUGAGAACAAGGAGAAAAGACCACGAAGAACUUCAAUAUCUACUCCGACGCCGUCACCGUCAGCCUCUAAUUUAACGCGUGUAACACGGUCCAAAGACGCUUUUCAACGCAUAUUUGAGCAGGCCGUCUCACCCACAACUUUUGUCUCACCACCACCAAUUGUCAAGGAGGAUACCAAUACAUCAACAGCGACGAACAAUACUUUGGGCAUAGGUACCACUACGUCAGACGGUGAAGACGAAAGCAACAGCAGAAAUACGCAUCAGGACGAUAUAACUAAUAAUGAGCCAAUGGGACUGAGUGUGAUAUUGCAAAACAAAAACGUCAAUAGCUGUAAUGACACAAAUUUUGUUGAAACUGCUAUUUCGGUUGCAGAGACGAGUGAGACAACACAUAAGGACGUCGAAACCAAUUUCAACAAUAACAAUGACACAAGUAUAACUUUUAAAAGUAACUCAACGGAGCAGCUCUUGGCCGAUUUGACAAACGACAUCGAAGAGACCAUCACAACUAAAAUCUGCAUACGUAAGCAGCUGCAGGAUGUUACGGGAUUGAAAAACGGAUCGAACGUAUUACCGAAUACGACAACAGAAACAAAAAAUAUAGCCACUCUCAAAACUGGUGGAAGAGAAGCGAGAAAAUCAAACUCAGCUUCAAGCCCUCUUAUAGCACAAGCUUCACAUAUAGACAACCUGCAGCAUAUGGAAUCCGGUUCGCAAAGCGGAACAAAUGAAAAUUAUAUUGGGUCAAUUGCAAAGACGCAAGCACAAAAAGUAAUUUUACUGGGUGAGAAGAAAAGGCUCAACGAUGUCGUUGCGACAACAACUUGUAACUCAACUUUGGUUUCGGAAACAAUUCCAGCUGGUGAGUUACAUGUCGAAUCGCAAAUAGGGAGCGCGAGGAUUCAAAAACCUGAAGGGUCAACGCGUUUGCAAAUUUUGUCAGUCGACGUCCUGCCACCAAUCAGUACCGACUCGACGAUGACCGCUUCUGAAGUAGAAGAUAAUCUUGAAGAACGGCUAAGUCAACUUGAUGGUACUGUGAUGGCUUCUUCGACCUGCGAAAAUAUGAAUACUGUAAUUGCUAGCGGUGGAAUUGAAACUAUGCCAACAACUCCUCCACGCACUCCUACAAAACAGCAAAUACAUCAGCAGCAAGUGCAAAAUCUGCAGCAGCAAUUGCAACAAACCCCACCAACACCAUUAUCACAGCAAGCACAUCAUCAACAACAGCAUAUGCAGCAACAAAACACUUUUACGCCGCAGAGCAGCACCUCAUCAGUGAAUACAAUGAACAGCACGAAUUUGCCACCGGCUUUCAUGAAAGAAAGUGGAGCUAGUGAGCUGGAGGAUCAAGACAUAGAAGAAGUGCUGAAAGUGCUUAAAGGUUUCGAUGGUAGUGCUGGCGCUGAUACGCUAUGCGACUUAAAUGUACUAUUCAACGAGGAGUAUACCCUCAAUUAUGAAGAGGUCAGCAGUCAGCCAGCAUCCACAUCGGCCAAACCGAACUCUAUAAAGGAAAUGCAAAACGAAAUCGAACGCAAUCAACAAAAUAUGCAACAUAGAAUCGAUUUCCUAUUGCGGCGUAUGCGCAAAAUUCAAUCUCGUUAUAUGAGCAAGCAUUGCAGCGAAGAGAUAGCUGGCCUAUUUGAAUGGACGGCCCGUAUAUCCGCUGGUAAAGGUGGCGCAAUAAACAGCGCAUCUGAUCAUUUGCAUACUGACACAGCAAUUAGUGUCAUAGCAGCACGUCCACCUGCCAGUAAUUGGGCUGAGGAGAAAAAUCCGGUGGCUUCAACUCAAAUGUCAUCAAUGUUGCGUCGCUUGGAACAGUCUUCAAAUGCACAACAACUUUGUAUAGGGCUCGCGAGUAGCACCUUAAGCGCCGCGAAUAUGCAAGUGCCGCGAAAAUCCAAAAAGGCACUUUUGCAAGAAAUGCAAAAUGCUGCAUCGACGUCUACUAUGGCAACCUCAAUAGCAUCACCGGUCGAACGUAAAGGCGAAGUUGUGGUUCCCCAUUACGACAUAAACGUCAGUGAAGAGAUGGCUCAAGUUGCUGGACUAUUACAAACUGAGAUGCGAGAAGUACAGACGGCUAUGGACUCAGAUGCAACGGAAUCUAGCUCUGGUGGUGAAUCUGCAGACGAAAUGGUUACAUACAAUAAUCAGAUGCAGCAACCACUGGCUAUUGCCAAACGUGCUGCCUGGCGGUAUUCUCGGGAUCGAGCAGCGAUAGCCGCACGCUGGUCAUGGCUGCUUUCACAAAUUGCUGAUUUAGAAAUUAAAAUACGGCAACAUACUGAACUGCGGCAGGAGAUUGUGCGAACCAAGGGUGCAGUGGUGUGUGGUUCAGAGGAGCAGUAUGCAAUUGCUCAUGGUGGUAAUCUCAAAUCAAUUGAGAUAACUGCAAACAGUACACCAGUAUCAUCUGUUAAUGGAUAUAAAGGGAACCUGUUAAGCAGCACUGGUGGUAAACUUGAUGCUGUUGAAAGUGAUGAAACGGGACUUUCAGGAGCGGCGCGUACUCGUGGCUUUAUGUCAUCGCUUUUCCGCAAACGAAAACUUCUCCAAACGCAAAGUCUCCAUACCAUUUCAAAGAAGGCUGCGCGACCAAGCAACAUAAAAUGUGGCUGUCAGUGGCCUCUUAAUCCAUGUGCGUUGUGUACGGGACGAAUAGACCCGACGGCACCUCGAGAUCCUCCAGAUACAAUGAUGAUGGCAGAUAGAAUAUCUCUACUUGAUCCCGGUUAUCAUCCUGUUUUAAGCUUUCGUGAAGACGUUAGCAGCACUUUGCACUUGGAGGCUAUUGCCCGUAUGCCAGAAUGGCAGCAGCGCAUUAUGCGCUGUCAAGUAAAGAGCAUUGCGAAAAGUGUCUGGAAAGCUGAACGCGAGGCUGAACGUGCAGCUGGGCAUAAUACAUCCAAGAAAUACAAUGAACCGGCCGUCAAACGCCGCUACACGAAGAAAAAGGAUCGACUAGCUAUAGAAGAAAAGAAUGCGGCGGCAGCGGCGGCAUCGGGAGCGACAGCGAAUCCAACUAAUGCGUUACCAUCAGCUACAGCUGGCCUUGUUGGAGAUUCAUCGGUUAAUUUAACAGCAGGAACAGUCGGUGGUGGGAGUGGUGGAGCGUCGGCGGAUGCAUCAGUGGCUAGCGCAUAUGCAACAGCGAUAAAAACAUCAACGUCAUUGCCGGCAUGCGAUGUUGGAAACGGUACUGGCACUUUGUCUACGUCUACUACAACAACGCCACUUGUGGCCAACAUAUCGGCAAAAAAUUCAAAAAAGUUGCACCACUAUCAUCUAGUGGGCGACGGUGUGCUGCUAGAACCACCACGAUCUUUAUCGCCGGUGGCCACAAAUCACAGCAGUCACAGUCAAAGCAGUCAGCAAAGUGGCAACAGCAACAACAAUUACAUUCAUCAAACAAGCGACAAUCCCUCGCAAAAUUACGAUCCAUACAAUCCCAGCCCAAUACAUUCAUCAUUGAUCUUCAGCAACAGUAACGGUUUCAGCGGCGGUGCUGUUGGCGGCGGCAGUGGCAGUGGCAGUGGCAUCGGCAAUCAUAAACACAACAGCAAAUAUCGUAAAAGUUCAGGGUCAAGCGGAGCAACGGGCUUUGUCAACAACAACAACACUUUCUUCUAUCAUCAAAAUAAUUAUUUGCCUUCGCACCACACCGGUGAAUCGAAUGAUGCGAAUUGGGAUGGUUUUGCGACACGUAGUCGCACAUCAUCACCUACUCAUGCAGGCGCUGGAGGCGGCGGCAGCAGCAACUACCACAAAUACGAAAGAUCUAAAAAUCGAACAUCGUAUGAUAUAGACAACAUUGUUAUACCCUACAGUGUUGCUGCAGCGACACGGGUUGAAAUUUUACAAUACAAGGAAAUACCAACACCCAAAUGGCGAGUUAUUGUGGAAGAUCGUGGACGUGCUUCAAAGACAUCAACUUUGGACCCAGUUGUAUCUGGAAUAACCGAAUCUGAUGGCGGCGAAGGAAUGGAUAUCGAUGGAAGUGAAAAUAUACUGGAGCAAAAUAAGCCAUCGGGUGAUGGUAUAUCUGUAAAAUCAGCUGAGGAUGCUAAGGAGGAAGGAAAGAAAAUAGAGGUUAUAGAAAAAAUAACAGCAGCAGCAGAAAUUAUAACCGAAGUGUCCGAAAAACUGACUGUUAAUAACGAGAAGAUAAUAGAGGAUGGAGCAGACGCCUUAGCGAAAAGUGAUUUAACGAUUGCUGGUUCAAUAAAGAUCUCAGAGCAAAAGAAUAAUAACGUUUUAAAACAACACAGUGAUGCGGUGACAAAAACUGAGAAUAAGAGCAUUACAGCGGAAAAUACGUUGUCGGCAAACGACCCGGACUCGGACGAACCACUGGUGAAGAAAUUAAAAACAAAAUCUAUAUCGGAAAAUGAAAAAUUCAGCAAGACGGUUAUAGAUGCCGUUGUUGAAGCGAAAACAGAAGGUGUAAGCGAUGCAACUCUCGCUAUUACGGAAAUUCCAGGAUCAGAAGCAAUGGCGACUUUGAAAAUGAAAUCGCAGCUGAAGUGCAGCGCUGUUAUUCAAGAAGAUGAUGAAGCGUCUGAGUCCGAAGACAUCACUGAUGAUGCCAUCAUGUUGAAGCAUGAACGCGCGCUGGCUGAAGAGCGUCGAAAAUUCAAAACCUAUUUGAAAUUCCCGUGGAGUACGCGUUCACGAGCUAACCGGCGAAUCGACAGUCGCGCAGAAUCAAGCGGCGCCAAUACGCCAGAUCCCACUUCACCGGCGCCACAAACACCCAGUCUAGGCGGUGGUGAUCAGGAGAGUAUUCCCUCACCACUGGCGCCGUCUACACCGCUUAAUCCAUUGGAUACGAUUUCUUCGGAAGCAGGCGAAAACGGUGCAAGUAAUCACCCUCCAGCAAGUGCCAUCGGCAGUACUCCAAAUAACACCAAUAAUAACGUUUUGAUCAAACGUUUGGAACGUCGGCGCACAACGUCUACGAAAAAAGAACGUGAACUGGAGCGACGAAGCUCCACACCAGAUUCCAGAGAGCUUGUGCCACCAUAUGAACCUUUGCAAUUCCCACUUACCGAUGAGGCGUUCGAAGGCUUGCUUAAGGCAAUGCCUAUCGAAUUUCAUUAUUUAGAUUUCGACUCAAAGUAUUUAGAAGACUGUAAUAACACUGGCGGUGUCGUCAGUAGCUCCAAAUAUCCCCGUCAACGCACUAGCUGGCGCAGCGAUGGGUUGGCGGUGAGUAGCAGGCGCGGAAAGUUAGCCUCAACAACGCAAAACUGUGAUGUAACUAGUAAUAGAAGGCAGCGAAUAAAUAAUAAUGCUGGUUCACGCAAAGGUGUCAACGGUGGUCGUGGGCGGCGGCGUGGCAAUCAUGCGAGCGUUAAAAUUAAUGAUACGUUGGAGAACGGUGUUCAUGGCGCUGACGAGGAUGAAGAGGUCGAUGAUGAUGAUGUCAAUUUGAUGAUGUUAUUGGCUGAGGAAGACGAUGAUUACGACUAUCCAAAACAUCAUUUAGCGCCCGACGAUGAUCUCUUUGAAGGCGGUUCUGUUAGUGUUGGUGGUGGUGGUAAUGGCGCUUUGAACGGUGUUACACGAAAUCGCAUGAUGGAUAUUGACGAUGAGUAUGAAGCUUAUUUGGGUCGUAGACACCGUGACAGCGAUGCGGACACCACAGACAGUGAGCCAUUCGCUGACGAUGAUCCGAACGAUCCGGAAUGGCGCGGCGGUGCCGAAGAUCGUGGUGGAGGUGGUGAACGAAAUCGCCGCGCCGUGAGGUAGCGAGAGCAAGUGAAUAUCGAACAGACUAACUAAAAAAACGGUUGGGUAAUUUUACGUUGUGACUGAAAUGUAAAAAUCAACGGAUUUUCGCCGCUUUAUUUUGAGAAAAAUACUUGAAAUUUUUCUACAUUUGAUUUAACACAAUCGCUUUAUGUAUGCUGCGUUACAUUAAUAUUUAGUGUACGGAUACUGAUGCCUAUUUGUGGUGGAGCCAUAGUUUUAAAUAAUUCCCCCAGUUUUAAUUACACUUACUUAUAGACUAAAAGACAGAAAUAUUAGAGGAGGCAACACAUUUAGUAGUAGUGACAGUUGGAAGAGAGUAAAACAGUGAUGCCAAGAAAAAAUGACCGCGAAAAUAUGUUUUUUCUUGUUUUUAACACAACUGAAUACUUAGUAAACUAACUUGCAACUUUGCUGACUAUUUUUGUGUCGAAACAUUUCAAGAGCAGUCAAGUGUUGUAUUUGCAUAUACAUAUAUAUACAUACAUUUCGAUAAAUAUGCAAAUGUUUUUUUCCAUUGUAAUGAAGCUGAAAAAAUUUACAUAUACCUAUGUUUAUCAACGGCAAUUUAGCUGUGUGCUUGAUUUACUUUGAUUAUUUGAAAUUUGUCAGCAUUUGGAAUAUAACUAUUAAUUUUUUGCUUCUCUUAAUAAAAUGCAAAAAGUAGAGAAAAUCGAAGAACAGCAAAGUAAAUUAUAAACAAUUCAUUGCUAUGUCUAAGUUGUUUUUGUCGGACUUCUUUUGCGCACAACCAGGGAAUGGGAGGGGAACGGGGUGAGGGAGGGGCGAUUGUGCAUUGUUAACAGUAUGUGUAAGUUUAUGCUUUUAAUUUUUUUUAUCGGCAAGUUAAAUUUUAGAUUUCAUAUUGGAAGUAAACAAGAAAUACAAAAACAAAAAAAAAACAACAUACAUAUAUAUUUAAAUAAUUAUAGUUGUCAAUAGUAUAUGCAAUGAAAACAAAAAUUAAACAUUAACAUCUAAUUAUACUUAAAUAUUACAUUUAUCAUUAUGUUUAAAUUUAGUAAACACUCACAAUACACAUGUACAGCAAGCACACUUACAUAUAAACAAAGAAGCUAAAAAACGUAAUUUUCAUUGUAACCGACUUGUGGAAUCUACCGCAAAUUAACUAACUAUGUAAUUUAGUUUAAAAUCAAGAAACUAUUUACAAUUAAUUAGAUUCUCUAUAAAUUUAUGUGUUUUGACGGAUGAUUACUUAAAAUUUGAUUAUUUACGCACUUGAAAUCAUGAUGAAUACCCCAUGGCAAUUGGUUAUUUUCAGUUCUCUAGAUAAACUAAAAGUUGAGUUUUGUUCACGUGUCUGGUUGAGGCAGAGUUUCCACGAACCGUCUGUCUGUACGUUACCGAAACGACCCGGAUUUAUAUCCGGCCAAGGACUCCCCAGCCAGUCACUCCAGCAGCAUUUCCCGUAUGUAAGUAUGUGGAAUGUUUAUGCUGCUACAACAACAACCACAUCAAUGCAGAGUGUACGCAAAUACUAAUUAAUGAAAUUAAUUUAAGCAAAUGUUGAAGUUUUUGCAAACAGUUUUUGGCAAUGUAAGUUAUUCAUCAAAACACGUGAAUAUAUGGGAGACUGUUCGCUAAAUAGAUCAAAGUAGCGGCAUAUAGGUACAAUAGACAAUAUAAUGAAAACUGCUUGAUCAUGGAAUCCAAAAAAACUUUUUAAAGAACUAUUGUUAUUGGAUUCCCAUUUAAAUUGCGUUACGUAGUUAGUCUCUGGACAAGGCAAAUUAAAUGCAAAUGAAACUUUAAUAAAUUGGCUGGCUUCUGCAUGCAUAUUCUUAA